CUCGUAUAUAAACCUGUUCCUUUAGGGAUUUCGGCACAGUUCCUGUGGGGCGAAUCAGUUGCGUAGACAUGGUUAUAAGGUUUAUGGUUUUGCUGACUGUGUUGGCCACUGCCUUGACUGACCAGAGCUCUCACGUCAGGGUGAGCCAUGGAGGCUCUUCAGUCGCCUACAGCGGCCACCACACCCACCACCACAGACCGUCUUAUCAUCCUCAACCCUCUUAUCACUCCCAACCAGCAAGCUACCACGAGCCUCAGCAUAAACACGAAGAACCGGAGGUCCCGUCCUGCGCAGCAAACACCACGAAGCCCUGGUGCCUCGAGGAUCCCGAGUACCCAACCUACGAGAUCAAACAUGCUGCCGAGUACCACUACAAAAAGGUUCUCUCCCUCUAUGCCGACGUUGCCGACCUCAACACCGAGCUCUCGGUGGAGAGACCAAACACCCUGGAGGAGGAGACCUACCUCUGCCCCUCCGAGACCUCCUACGUCAGGCCCUUGAGGGCACAAAACACCGUCGGCAAAUGGAGGGUCAUCGUCAACAGCAUCGACGUCCAUUACGAGACUCUCACUCAGACGACUCGCAUCGAGGAAUGUCUCACUUCCGGGGAGGCUUGUCCCAAGGUCCCUGACUGCUACGACUCCAAGUGCCUGCAGAAGUCCAUCUACCACCGCUUCCUCGUCUACGAUCCCUACGACCAGUACUUCCCCUUCGCCAUUGAAUCCUUCAAGCUGCCUGCAAGCUGCGCUUGCCUCCUGGGAGCCUAUACCAUUGACCACUAAGGAGUCACAAAAGUUUAGAACAAACUUUGUCAAUUUCCAUGAAUCAUUCUUCUAUUCAUUAGUUGGCUUCAAAGCUAGUUCUGGGUAAAAUGACGUCACAGGCUGUGACAGAGUAUUCGUGAAGAAAGCAGUUCUCUAGUCAUCUCGCUGUGAUAAUUGGUCUUCAUUUCAUAAUUUAUUUUAGACGUACAACUUUUUCGUGUAUCACAUGGAACUAAUACAUUAAAAAUAAUA